AUGAAUUCUCCAUUCCCCAAAUCCUCCUCUGCCGAUGGCAAGGGAUGUAUCAUCGUCCGGCGCCUCCCCACAGGCGUUUCCGAUCUUGAGACUUUCGAAUACCAGUACCCGCUCAAGCUCGUCACCCCGAAACGGCCCCCCCAAACCAGCGCUCUCGUGUACUUGCUAUCAUACGGGGGUGGUUUAGUUGGGGGCGACCAAGUCAACUUGACCAUCGAAGUCAAAACCGGUGCCAGGCUGAGUUUGGCCACGCAGGGGCACACCAAGAUCUUCAAGUCAGCAAGCCCGGAUAUCGUCACUCGCCAGAUAAUGCGCGUCAACAUUGCUACCGGUGCCGCCGUCUGCCUCCUCCCAGAUCCGGUUCAGCCUUUUGCGCGCAGUGUCUACGAGCAAAUCCAGAUCUUCAGGCUAGCACAAAACGCAUCGUUGUGCCUUCUGGAUUGGGUCACCGAGGGGCGAACUGCCCUUGGGGAGCACUGGAGCUUCGUCAAAUGGGUGGGCCGCAACGAGGUCUGGACGGUGGCCGAGGACCAGGGCGUUCAGGAUCGGUUGCUCGUGAGAGAUGUCGCAAUCCUUGAUAGCAAGAGAGUCCACCCCCAACUCCCGGUUUUGUGCGAGUCUAUGAACGGGCAUAGCGUAUUCGGGACUCUCAUUUUGCGGGGCCCUUUGAUGAAGUCAGUUGGGGAGUUCUUCCUCGCUGAAUUCGGUGCUCUCCCUCGACUUGGGGCUCGGGACUGGCGAAAUGACGACGCAAAGGAUUCGAAGGACUCGGUUGAUCGCCUAUCACCCCUUGAUAAGUGGCGGGCAGAAAGACAUCAGAAGGAGAAGGAUAACAAGGUGCUGUGGUCUGCGGCCAGUGUCAGGGGUUGUGUUGUGGUCAAGUUCGGUGCUCCUACCGUCGAGGCUGGCCGACUUUGGGUCGGAUCCAUGUUGACCAAAGAAGGCAGCAUCGCACAAAAUUUUGGCGAGCAGGCGCUGAUGUGCCUGAGGUGCUUCCCCGAGUCCAUCAGCCAGUCGAGGACUCUCCUCGCGAGCCGUGCAGUCGUGGGAUUGAUGCCGUGUAGAACAGAGUACAAGUCCCGUCGUGUCCGAAUUCCAGUUCUCUCCCAUCUUCGAGUCAACGGUGGAGCCAAACACCACACUACCAGGUGUUCGGCAGUCUCUCGUCCCUCGCAACACUCGCAGGCAGGAGUCAGAACCUCCGGGACUCCCCGUGUAAACAAGAAGUCCCUGUUUGGACGGCAACCACUCAUGGAAACCUCAGACAAUACCCCGACGAGCUCACCCGCUCCAACUUCUACCGCGCGUCGAUCCGGACGCGUCACGAAGGCACCCGCCAAAUUCACACCGGAUGCGCCCGCCGCUACCAAGCGGAAGCGGAAUGCCGAACACGACGAUGAUGACGCAGAGAACGAGUCGCCCGAUGAGAUAGAUGAUGUUAGCGAUUCUAAUGAUGAUGACGCCGACGAUACUGCUACCGAGGAGCCCCGCCGUGCCAGCAAGAAAAAGAAGCCUUCAUCGUCGCACGCCGCAAAGUCGAGAAAACCGGCUGCGAAAAAGCCCAAGAUCAACGGCAGCGCCCUAGCAAGUGAACCUAUCCAUGGAGCACAACUACCGAGUCGCCCGAAGAAGGCGGUGCGAAUUGCGAUUGCCCAGGGCGACGCGAAGGGACUUUAUGGUGGGUGCCCUUCCCGAAGCUAUGCCCGCGCUACUCGUGCGAUGCUAACCAUGCUCACAGCCGAUAUCUUUGCCUCCGGAGAUCUUCCAGAUAAGGUAGCCACCGAAUGGUACCACAAGUACCAAGAGGAUGAUGCUGCCGCCGUCACAGACCUGGUCAACUGCAUCCUGCUGUCCGCCGGGUGCGACCAGCAGGUCACCCAAGACGACAUCCGAGAUCCCGAGAACUGCUCCAACAGGCUAGCAGAUCUACAGAAUGUUUACACCGAGGAGGGAAUUACCGACUACCCCCUUAUCUCCAAGGCCAAGUCGACCAAGUCGUUCCGCGACUUGCUGGUCGGCUUCUUCAGGUCUCUUGUGACCGUUCUUCACGAAACCGACGUUCUUUACAAAGACAGCACCUUGAUGGAGAACAUCGCGCGCUGGGUCGCCUCCAUGUCUUCAUCGACACUGCGGCCGUUUAGACACACAGCGACCACUGUCGCGCUCGCGAUGGAGGCCGCCCUCGUCGAAGUUGCCAGGAAGCUCGAUGAUCGGAUAACCAAGAUGACCCAGCAGGUCGACACCGAAAAGGGCCGCAAAGGGAAAAACAAGGAACGACUGGCCGUGAUUCAGAAAACCCUCGACGAAGCUGAACAAAACCGACAGCUUUGCCAGGAGCAGGUUACGGAUUUUUUCGAGACGGUAUUCGUCCACCGAUACCGUGACAUCGACGCCAAGAUCCGGACCGAGUGUGUCGAGGCCCUCGGGACCUGGAUUUGGUUCCUUCCCACAUUUUUUGAGAAGCCCGAGUAUCUACGGUACCUGGGUUGGAUGCUGUCUGAUAUUACAUCACAGACCAGGCAGGAGGUGUUGAAACAGCUUGCUCGUAUUCUAAAGCGUGAUGCUGAGAAGCUUGGCCAUUUCAUCGACCGCUUCCGACCACGCCUCGUCGAGAUGGCUACUAAGGACGCUGACGUUGGCGUCCGGGUUGUAGCCAUCUCGGUCAUCCAAAUCCUCAAGGACACGGGGAUGCUUGAGCCCGACGAGAUCGACUCGAUUGGCCGGCUAAUCUUCGACUCUGAACUGCGCGUGCGAAGAGCGGUCAUUGAUUUCUUCGCCGGCUGCGUGAACGACUCGAUCGAGACCAAGAUGGAGGAGUUGGGAGGCAGUGAUAUGGUCGACGAGCUCUUCGGGGAUGACGAGGAUGACGACUACUUUUCUCCUCGGAGAGACUGGAUCAGCAUCAAAUGCCUCGCCGAGCUCCUCGCGGCAUACGACGCCCAACUCGAGGAGGAAAACCAGACAUUGCCAGUCCGUGGCCUAGAUAUUGCCGUUGAGAUGAUCCAGGCUGUGGCGCCCGAGAACCAGAUUUCACUGGCUGCUCAGGUCCUGUACGAAAAGAUUGACCAGGUCAAGAACUGGGAGCUCCUAUCUGGUUACCUGCUUUAUGAUCACACGACAAGUACAAAAUCGCGAUCAUCAUCGAAGCGAACCUCUAACGAGGCAACGCUCAAGAGCGCUGUUGCGCCAGAAGGGAAUGAAGAGCCGGUGCUUCUUGAGGUCCUUGCCUCUGCUGUUAGGCUUAGCCUAGCUUCUACUUCAGAGACAGACAGGAGCAGGAGGAAACAGCGCCCAGACGUUGCAGACGGUGCUGAAGAUUCCGCCGUCCACCUAGCCAGCAUCAUUCCCCGCCUCUUGAACAAAUAUGGCGCCGAAGCGAGCACCGCAAUCGUUGUAUUGCGCCUGGAGCAUUUCUUGCCCCUCGACGUGUUCCAGCAACUUCGGCAAGACUCGACUACAUACAGCCGCCUACUAGAUGAGAUUUGCACUCAAUUCGAACGUCACGCUGAUAGAGGCGUGCUCGCGGAGGCGACAACAGCGCUACUGCACGCUCGCAAAUAUGACGAGCUGGAGGAGAUGACGGAUACGAAGAUUGCCGACCUUUGGGAAACGGUGAUCAACGCGCUUCGGCAUCUGGACAAGACGCAAGAGCUCAACCACCGCGGAAACAUGGGGCCCGCAGCCAUCUCCCAGCUCGGCACCAUUCUUCUCAAGAUCAGCAAACUCACCAGCAUUGCCGAUUGCAUCGAGGUUCUCGAAGCUGAUGGCCAGUCCGAAGACUCCUCCAACCCGGUCAUAGAACUCCUCAUUUGCACUAUCCACCGCGGCAAACUCGACCAAGUCGACGAGGCUCUUGACGAUCUCGAAGAUGAAGCUGUCUCAUACGCGAUCCAAGCAGCCCAUUUCUACUUCAUGUGGAAAGUCCGCACCCUGGUCUCCGCCGUCCAAUCAUCCACGAACAUCCCUAUUCGCACAAUCGAACGCCUGUCCACCCUCCGCCAGACCUGCGCUGACAACCUGAUCUGGACGCUCUCUUCUCGCGGCACGAAUGACGAGCUGCGGCUCUUCGCCACCGGAGCCCUCUGCGACCUACAUGUGCUGUUCGCCUCCCUCCGGGAGACCGUCAACCAGCAGCACCAGCAGCAGGAGUCGCGCCACGACUACCGGGAACUAGAACCCCUUUACGAACCCAUCCAGCCAGGCCUCACCAACGAGCUCAUCGAGAUUUAUAACGCUGCCGAGCGCGCGUACGCGCGUAUCACGAAGCGCGCUCUCAACGAGCCUACAGCCGAUGAACAACGGAGGCAGCAACAGCAGGACCCGACGCAGCCGCCGAACGGGGGCGACGACGACGACGACGGUGAUGACGAUGAUGAAGAGGACGAGGAAGAAGCUGCUGCCGACGCCGCCAUGAGCCCAACCGAGCGCAAAGGCAAGGAGCUCAAGCUAGAGCGCGCGCUGUGCGAGCUGGCGGGUAAACUAGUGCUCGCAAUUCUCGCAAAGACGGUCGACCAGAUCGGCCCGCAGGCUGGCAAGCUCCGUCGCAGGAUGACGAGGCCCAAGUUGAGGGAGCGGGUGGCCGCUGGUGGUGGCGGUGCUGUAGGGAGGAAAAGGGACAAGGGGAAGGGGAAGGCUGCUGCGUCUAUUGCUAAAACGAAGGCUGCCGCGGCGGGUACUGCUGGGAAUGGCACUAGUGCGUCGACGGCGGCGGGGUCGAAGAGGGCGGCGCUGAGUGAGGAGAUUGUUGUUGAGGAUGAUGACUCGGAUUUGUCCGAGGUUGAGGAGGCGGAACCCGAGCCGGAGGAGGGGUCGAUGGAGGACCUGAGGAGACGGGAGUUGUUGGAUGACCCAAUUGAGGAUGAGGAACUAGAGGACGGUGAUGGUGGGGGAGACAAGAUGGACGAAGAUGAGUCGGUAUUAGGGGAUUGA